AUGUGCCAAGCUGGGUACGCGCCAUAUUAUGGAGCGGCUACUUCAUAUAAUAAAGGAAAUGGUUAUUACGGAUCUCCUGUAUAUGAAGAAGAUAGUGGUUAUGACUCCGGGUAUGCUGAGCCAAGUUAUGAGUAUGGAAAAGGGCACGAACCAUACGGUUAUCCAAAAUACGAAUUUUCCUACGGUGUAAACGAUCCUCAUACUGGCGACCACAAAUCUCAACACGAAGAACGAGAUGGAGAUGUCGUUAAAGGUUACUACACCGUAGCUGACCCAGACGGCACCCUUCGUACAGUCCACUACACCGCUGAUGAUCAUAAUGGUUUUAAUGCUGUAGUUCAAAAAGAUGGAGUUUCCAUACACCCGGAAUCUGUGUUGCAAAAAGUUUAUUUGGAACCUGUAGAUAAAGUGUUAGUUGAGCCUGCUUACGGGAAAGUUAUUUACGAAAAGCCUGUAGAGCCUGCUUAUGGGAAAGUUAUUUACGGAAAGCCUAUUUACGAGAAGCCUUAUGGUCAAGGAUAUGAAGAUGAGUAUUUAGGGCCUAAAUAUGGGCUUGGAUAUUACUAAAUCAGCAACGAUAACCUUUAUUGUUCCUCUUUGAAAAAUGUGAUUUAACCAAAAUAAUAAAUGUACAGAACAGCUAAUAUUAG